GCAGGCGGGAUAUCAAAGUCUUGAAGAAUAACUCAUUGAUCAGUCUCCAACAAGGCAUAGAGUUGGUCGCACAAACCAUUUCAAAGAAGUUAUUUGGGGAAAACGUGCGCGCUAUUUCUUAAACGUCAGUUUCUUAUUUUGACUUGGACGAACAAACAGGGCAGCUGCAAUGUGGAUUCAAGUGCGCACAAUGGAUGGGAAGGAGACCCACCGGGUGGAUUCCCUGUCCAAACUCACCAAGGUGGAUGAGCUGCGUGUGAAAAUCAUGGAGCUCUUCAAGGUGGAGCCGGAGAGGCAGCGGCUGUUCUACCGUGGCAAGCAGAUGGAGGAUGGCCAUACCAUAUUUGACUACAAUGUGGGACUGAACGACAUAGUGCAGCUGCUUGUCAGGCAGAAGAUAGCCCCUGUUAAUGUCAUCAAAAGCAAGGACAAAGAAGCUGAGCUCUCCGACUCUGAUUCGGGCUGUGGCUCAACCCAGAGUGAGUCGGACAAGAGUUCCACUCAUGGUGAGGCAGAGGGUCAAACUGCCAGCACCUCUGCCCAGACAAACACCCCAGAGCUCAUCGAUCCAGGGUUUGGAUAUUAUAAGAUCAAUGAGCUGGUGGAUGCAAGGGACUUGAACAUGGGAGCGUGGUUUGAGGCCCAGAUUGUGAAUGUUACAAAGACAACAAAGACGCCUAAAGAGGAGGCUGCGGAAGCACAGCCAGCAGAGGAAGAGAUACUUUACCAUGUUAAAUAUGAAGACUACCCUGAGAAUGGUGUGAUACAGUUACUGGCCAAGGAUGUUCGUCCGCGGGCACGCACGGUGUACCAGUGGCACCAGCUGGAAGCGGGAAUGAUCGUUAUGGUCAACUACAACCCAGAUGACCCCAAGGAGCGCGGCUACUGGUAUGACGCUGAGAUCCAGAGGAAGAGGGAGACGCGCACCCUGCGAGAAAUCUAUGCCAAGAUCAUCCUUGGUGAUGCUGGUGACUCUCUUAAUGACUGCCGGAUCAUGUUCCUGACUGAAAUCUACAAAAUUGAGGAGCCUGGUUCUCUGAGUGAUGAUCCACCUGGAUCUGAGAGUCCCCUGAAAAGAUCAAAUGGACCUGAGUGCAAGCACUGUAAGGAUGAUCCCGAUAAAAACUGCCGCUGGUGUAACUGCCACAUCUGUGGCAUCAAGCAGGAUCCGGACAAACAGUUGCUGUGUGAUGAGUGUGACAUGGCCUAUCACACCUAUUGCCUGAACCCCCCACUCACCUCCAUCCCUGAAGAUGAGGACUGGUAUUGCCCAGGUUGCCGUAAUGACACGAGUGAGGUUGUGCUGGCUGGAGAGAAGCUGAAGGAGAGCAAGAAGAAAGCAAAGAUGGCUUCUGCCAGCUCCUCCAGCCAGAGAGACUGGGGCAAGGGAAUGGCCUGUGUCGGUCGAACCAAGCAGUGCACCAUCGUCCCAUCCAACCACUACGGCCCAAUCCCCGGCAUUCCUGUUGGCUCCUUGUGGAAGUUCAGAGUACAGGUCAGUGAGGCUGGAGUCCACAGACCACAUGUAGCUGGAAUUCACGGCAGGAGCAAUGAUGGUGCCUACUCUCUGGUCCUCGCUGGAGGUUAUGAGGAUGAUGUGGAUGAUGGUAAUGAGUUCACUUACACCGGCUCUGGAGGGCGAGAUCUGUCUGGGAAUAAGAGAACUGCUGAGCAGUCAUGUGACCAGACACUUACCCACAUGAACCGGGCACUGGCUCUCAACUGCAAUGUCCCUGUCAACGACAAAAACGGAGCGGAGUCUAAGAGCUGGAAGGAAGGCAAACCGGUUAGAGUUGUGCGCAGCUGCAAGGGUCGCAAGCACAGUAAAUACUGCCCUGAGGAAGGAAACCGAUAUGAUGGGAUAUAUAAGGUGGUGAAAUACUGGCCAGACAAAGGGAAGUCUGGCUUCUUGGUUUGGCGGUAUCUGCUGAAGCGUGAUGAUGAUGAGCCAGCACCGUGGACGAGAGAUGGCAAGGAACGCAUCAAGAAGCUUGGUCUCACCAUGCAGUAUCCUGCUGGCUAUCAGAAAGAGAAAGAGAACAAAAAUGAAGUGGAGGAGGAGGCAGCAACACCCAGCAAGGCAAAGAGGAAGAGAAAAUCUCAGGGCAGCGAAUCCACCAAGACCUCACCAGGCAAGACUCCUAAGAAAGUCAAGGUGGAGGUGUAUAAGCUUUCCCAGGAGCAGAAGGCCCUCAUCAAGAAUGACAAGCCAAACAAGAAGCUGUGGGAUGAAGCCAUGGAGUCACUGUCACUUGGACCGAAAUUUUUGAACAAGGUUGAAGAAGUUUUCCUCUGCAUUUGCUGCCAAGAAGUGGUCUAUCAGCCCAUCACCACAGAGUGCCAACACAAUGUCUGCAGGGAAUGCCUUCAGCGGUCCUUCAAAGCAGAGGUGUACACCUGCCCGGCCUGCAGACACGACCUGGGCAAAAACUACUCCAUGACUGUCAACAAAUCUCUGCAAAACAUUCUAAAUCAGUUUUUCCCAGGGUACAGCAACGGGCGAUGAUCGUUGGUUCUGCUUAGCCUUUGAGGAAACGCGAUGUAAACUGUAAGGGGAAUUUUCAGUAGAGGCAAUAAAGAAUCAGCUUGUCUUAAUAUAUUUUUUAUGAUUUAUAAAACUACAAUUUUUGAGGACUUCAAUUCUACCAUUUUUCUCCUUGGAUCUGCCAUGAUGCGUAGUUACUGAUAAAUCGAAAAUUCCUUUAUAACUGCCUGUGCCAUUACUCCGUUAAUACCUUCAGCAGCGAUUUUACGCCCAGUGUUUUCGUUCUGCUCCAUUAACUAAUGCUAAUGUUAUCCAUGAUGUAAAAUUGUUGUUACUCUUAAUUAAAACCCUCCAUGUUUAGCACUCCUUACAAGAACGUUAAGUCAAAAGUGGUUAAGCCAUUUACCCAACAUGUUUGGAGGUUGUUUUGUAUAAGACCAUUAUUAGAAUCUGGAUCUACCACUAGUUUGGAUGUGGCUGGUCAUCAUUUUGGUGCAGUUCUUUUCAGUGUGAUGAUGGAAUCAGGACUGUAAUUGGUUUGCAUUCACAUCUGACCUGGAAGGCUCUGUUAUUUGUCUCCUGUAGCUGCAUACUUCUCUGUACUCUGUAUUUCUGCUUUUUUAAAAUCUCCAUUUGUUUUGUUUGUCUCAGUGUUCGCAAACACAGUGGUGCUUGAUUUGCAAUUAAGAAAUCAGUUGACAACUAGAGAAAACCAUCAAGGUAAUGUCGUUCUGACAGAUUCCAAAUGCAACAUUUUACUGUCCUGGCAUGAUCAGAUGAUUGAAAUUGCAUAAACAUAAGUUUUAUUUUUUUAUUUUAAUUUUUUUUGGAAAAGAAGCUUGCUCAACCUAAAGCUGUUUCUUAAAAUGUCUAGACCUAACCUACACGCACAAACUGAAACAGUUCAGAGUACAGAGUUUUUUUUGUUUUUUUUUUCUGCUCCCUAGCAGUCUCAGAGGAAGUGUGCCCUUAGGAAACUGUCAUCAAACGUGGUUGGAUUUCCUAGCUUGUGUAUUGGUUCCCUAUAUAUAUAUAUAAGGUUUUUUUUUUUCAUAUAUGACGUUUCUGAAAGUUGGUUUAUAAGUUGCCAUGAAAUUUAUAAAACCUUGAAAGCUAAACAUGUUAGAACUAUAAGGCCAUUUUAUUCUGUGACAUUCAUUUGGAUUUCCCCUGUUUUAAAAAGGUUUGCUUUGAUAAAGUCCAAAGACAUGAAAGUGCUUAACCAAGCGUGUAAUGUAGAACUCCCUUCUAUCUAGCUCUUUAGAUGUUGUCCCUGACACUUAAACCUAAUUGAGUCUAGAAUCUUUAUUUGUAUUUUUUCUAAAAUUAAACGUGUACUUUUUCAUCUUUUAUAAUCUAUUACUGCCAUCUGUGGGAGGGGGCUAUUCAGUCAGAUUUUUGUGUCUCCUGUGGUCACUUGUGUUACCUGACCUCGUCAUAAAAAGAAAAAAACAGGAAAUGCUUGCAUUAAGCUGAAACGUUAAGGAAAUUCCACACAGUGCUCCUGAAAUUUGAUACCAAAUCAACUAAAUUAUCAGAAUUUGUUAUUUACUACUUUUGCCGCUGACUUUGUCCUUUUGUUAAUUGAUGUUUGGUGUUGAAUUUCAGCAGCAGUGUGUGACAAUGUCCAUCCACAUGCCAGCACUUUGAGUUUUGACGGAGAGACAAAGAUUUGCAUAGACUGGGAAAUGUAUAUUUUCUAAAAUUGUAUAAUUUUUUAGUCCGUUUUGGUUUUUAUAUGUAGUUUUUAGAAAUACCUGCACACGUUUGGUGCAAAGAUUUGUCAAUACAUUUUCAGUGUUAUUCAAUAAAAAAAGUGAAAAUGA